GUCGUAAUAGGUCUCAAGAAAUCACAUCUGUUAUUUGUUUUGUCCCCUUUUUAAUCUUGUCUCAAUAAAUCUCAUCUGUAUCAAACUGUAGACACAGAUGUUUUUUUCACGGUGCGUUUUUCUUCUUCUCUGCCAAAAAAAUCACUCGUCCAACUAUCAAUCGGCGACCAGUUUAUUUUCCGCUUGAACUGGGAUUGGAUUCUGCUUCGUUCAAAGCCAAGCGAAAAGACAAGGAAGAGAUGGGUGCACAAAUCAGCCAACUACCACUCACUCAUUCGGGGUGUCCUAGUACGCUGCCAAUAGAAAGGUUUGAUCAUAACAAGAUAGCUGUGGAGCUAGACAAAGGUGAAAGUUCCAAAAUGAAGGAUCAAAAUGUUGAAAAACCUCGCAUGAAGGGCAUUUUAAAAUGCAUAUUAUACUGCUGCCUCUUUCCUGAUAAUUAUGAAUUUGAGAAGGAAACAGUGGUCCAGCUAUGGGUGGCUGAAGGAUUUUUUGAACCUGAAGAAGGGGAUAGAAUGGAAGUUUUGGCCAAUUCCUACUUUGAUUACUUGAUAGAAAAGAAAUAUGUGUCACCUUGUAAAUUUGAUUACGUCAGGAGGUCAAUGAAGUACAAGAUCACAGACGCGAUCCAUCAUUCUCUACGAGAUGCAUCACUACUAGGUUAUCGAAAAGUAGAGGAAGCUCAGUUGUGCAGUGUCUCGAAACAUAUCCAACACUUAUUUUUGAUCUCAAAGAACAUUAACCCAUCAAGUUUCAAGAUUCUCAGCAGGUUUGAGGAUUUGCACACAUUGUUUUGUCAACUUGGCUCUUCUACUGGACGUGUACCUCAAGAUCUUUUUUAUAGUGUGAAGCAGUUGAGAAGUUUGGGUUUGCGUCGAAGUAGCAUAUCUGAAAUACCAAGUUGUAUAGGGAGUCUAAAAUAUUUGCGUUACUUAGAUGUCUCAGAAACACCAAUCAAGUAUUUGCCAGAAUCUAUAGCUCUUCUUGAUAAUUUACAAACACUAAAACUUGAUGGUUGCUUGAAUCUUGUCAGGUUACCUUUUGAUGUAAGCAAAUUAGCUAAACUCCGUCAUUUGGAGUUUAACAUACUUGGCCGAUUAAGUUCAAUGCCGGUUAAGAUGGGGAAUCUAACCAGUCUACAAACAUUGAGAGCAUUCCUGGUGGGAAGGGAGGAUGGUUGUCGUAUUGAGGAGUUAAAGUAUCUAAAUAACAUCAGUGGUUUUUUUUUUUUUUUUAAUAAAAGUCCACUAGGCUUUUGGCCUAGGGCUAAUUUUAUAAAUUUUAUCAAAAAAUCCAGAAGUUUGUACAACUCUAGCCAAAAGGCUAAUGAAAAUACAAAAUUUAAACUAAUGAUCAAAUUAAGACUUAUAACUUGUCUUAAUUUGAUAUUACAAAUUGUUAAAAAAAUUACUAAUAGAAUGAAAUUUGAAAUAAUUGCUCCAUAAAGAACUUCUGUUUCUAUAUCUCACAUGCUCUAUAUUUGGCCCUCUAUAUGCACCAAGGCAGUACAUUUUCUAACUAAUGACCAGUUCUCAGUAGGAUGAGCAUCCCGGGGUGCUAAUACCACCAACUAAGAAACAACCACUAAAUAGAAACUGUAUGCCCAUGUGUACUCAAGAGGUCUGUUGUGUUCCAUGUGCUCAAUCAUUUGGAGCAGUAAUUCCACUUCAUGUCAUUUGUCAAAAGUGCCUCCAACCAGUUGCAAUUUAUGCUGGUAAAACUUCUCAACAUCCUGAUUA